GACAUCCUCGUCGCGACGCCUGGCCGCCUGUGGGACAUGCUGGGGCGCCAGUGCGUAGACCUCGGCCUGUGCCAGUUCCUGAUCCGCGCCGCCUCGCGGAUGCUGGACAUGGGCUUCGAACCGCAGGUGCGAGACAUCGUUGAGCACUCGGGCAUGUCCAGGAACCUUAGCCGCCCGAGGCAGACCAUGAUGUUCUCCGCGACCUUCGCCGGGGGUGUAGGAUGGCGGGCGACUUCUUGA